CAGGAUAUAAAGCAUGACGCUCAUAAAGCGAACACAUUCACACCAUCAGUCUCUGUGUGAGUGUGUGUUUGUGUGUGUGCAGCAUGCUGUGUUACUGGGGAGAAGCUGUAAAACCGGACGGGUUUGGUUUAGUGAAACCCGACAGUGUGAGAUUCACGGACACCGGCAUUGGGUACCUUUCUCCCAAAUCCAGGAUCAGUGAUGUGUCUCCAGGGAAGAGUCUCAUGGGAUUCAUCCGCGGGGAUGGAAACGCUUCUGUCCUGAGACUCAACACCAGAGAGCAGGUCAAGUCUGGGAAACUCAAAACUUUAGACCAGAAGAAAGACAAAAUCAGACUGAUCAGCUGCGGUGAAACUGAUGCUGUUCUUCUGGAAAAUGGAGGAAGGAUAUUUUCUUUGGAGAAAUCCAAUGUUUACAGCCCCAUAAAGAGCCUCUGCAAUAAAACUGUAAUUCAGGUUGCAUGUGGAGACCAGCACUUCAUGGCACUAACAAACGAUGGUCAGCUGUUCACGUGGGGUCAGAACUCGAGCGGUCAGCUGGGUUUAGGGAAAGGCGAGCCAAGCUCUCUGUCUCCUCAGCAUCUCAAGUCCCUGUGUGGGAUCCCACUGGCUCAGAUCAGCGCAGGAGGAGACCACAGCUUCGCCCUGUCUCUCUCGGGGGCCGUGUUUGGCUGGGGCAGAAACAGCGCCGGGCAGCUGGGUCUGGGGCAUAAGGAUGACAUAUACAUUCCAACGUGUGUAAGUAACCUGAGCCAGAAGAAAACGAUUUCCAUUUCAUGUGGAGAGGAACACACUGCUACUUUGUCAAAGGGAGGAACAGUCUUCACGUUCGGAUCCGGCCAUUACGGACAGCUUGGUCAUAGUUCAUUCAGAGAUGAACUUCAGCCUAGAGUGGUUACUGCACUUUGGGGUUUAAACGUGUCCCAGAUCACCUGUGGGAGGAAUCACACUCUGGCACUGGUUGAAUCAUCAAACACAAUCUACUCAUUUGGAUGUGGAGAACAAGGACAACUGGGAAAUGGGCAGAGGACCAAUCAGUGUGUGCCACUUCCUGUACAGCUGCCACCAGAGGCAGAUGACAACCAUACAGUUGAGAUCAUCGUUGCUGGUGGGGAUCAGUCCUUUGUCUUGUGCUGUCCUAAGAAUUCUGAUCACCACUUGGAGCCUAACCAAAGGAAAGGGAUUACGUUGUUGGAGGACAAAAUGAUUCACAGAUGGGUUUCCAAGUGUGAAUCAAAAGAGUGGCGAACAAUUAAAAAGGAAAUAAAAAGAGUUUUCUCCUCUCCGGCGUGUAUAAAUGGGAGCUUCAUUAUAAAAAGUCGUGAUGAACAUUACCGAACAUCCACACAUUUCUCUGGUUUGGAUUUGGAAUCGGUAAAAAACACUUUCAAGCGGUUGGCCAAGAAGAAGGGGGCGUUGCAGGAGAUUGAGAAGGUGGUGGAGAAUGCUCUUCUGCCCUCUAUGAGUUUCUGUGCUGCUGGUGUGGAAGCUCUGAGGGUUUUUCUCAUCCUGCCUGAACUACUUAGAGUACUGAAACCUGAGACAAAGCUCACAGCAUUAUAUGCUUCUGCCAUUCUAAGCCUGGAUCCGUCCAUGCGUGAUGCUUUAGAGACCCUCUGGUCAGAACUCCCUGAAACCUUCCUUAAAACAGUAGUGGAACUUUUUUACACUUCAGCCACAAAAAUGAUAUCUAAGUUGACAUAUGACUAUAGACAAAAACCAGUCCUGGAUACACCACUACAUAAAUCUGUGCAAGUCCUCCAGAUGCUCCACAAGGCUUCCUGCAGGAACCAAAGAGAACUCACAUCUGCGAAUUUCAUCAUCUAUGAAAUCAAUGAGCUGUUCGACAUGAUGCAUGUUAUACAGACUGACAUAAAUAAUUUAUAUGGGCGUUUGGUUUGGGGUGGAGACAUUACUGUGAUGCAGGCAGAACAACAAAAACACCUGAAAAUGCAGCACACCUUAAGAAUUCUGAAGUCAUGUCCUUGCAUCUUUCCUCUGGAGGCUAAAUACCGCCUUUUAAAUUCGAGGGAAUGUAGGGGACCCUUUAGAAUGGAGAUAAGACGUACUGCACUCCUGGAGGAUUGUUUCCGACACCUGAGGGCUGCGAGUGAGCAAGCGCUGAAAGGCUGGAUGCAGGUGGUGUACUGUGAGAACCAAGAAACGAGCGAUGUCAAUAAGAGGGACUUCUUUCACAAAGCGUUUAAAAUGCUGCUGGACUCAGAAUCGCAAAUGUUCAUGUACAAUGACACAAAUACACUGAUCUGGUUCCCUCCUGAGCCCAGUUUACCAGAGGAGAGGUACUUCCUUCUCGGACUCCUGUGUGGUUUGGCUUUUUACAACAACAGUGUCGUGCACAUGCCCUUUCCCUUAGCGCUGUUUAAAAAACUUCUUAACAUCACGCCUUCUCUGGAGGAUUUUGCUGAGCUGAGUCCAGUCAUAGCACAGAGUUUGCAGUACUUACUGAACUACAGUGAUGAUGAUGCUGAGAACAUGGAAAUGACCUACACUGUGGUCUGGAACAACAGGGAGGUUGAACUGGAUCCCAGCGAGCCUGACAAAGCUGUGACAAGCUCUAACAAAGACCUGUUUGUGAACUCGUAUAUGGAUUAUGUGCUGAACAGAUCAGUGGAGCGAGUGUUUAAUGAGUUUAAAAGAGGAUUUUACAAAGUGUGUGACAAAAAGCUGGUGAAAUUCUUCCAGCCAGAGGAGCUCAGAGGAGUGAUGUUGGGCUCAGAGGAGUACGACUGGGACACUUUUAAAACGAAUGCAACAUAUGAAGGUGGAUUUCAUGCAAAACAUCCAACGAUUGUCUUAUUCUGGGAAGCGUUUGAAGAACUGUCAAGUCAGGACAAGAAAAGUUUCCUCUUGUUCGUGACCGGGUUUGAUCGAGUUCCCAUUCUGGGUAUGGGACAGGUGAGGAUGACAGUACGACCCUUCUUUAACUCCACAGAGGAUCAUCUACCCCACGCCCUUACCUGUCACACCCUACUGGACCUCCCUGUGUACCAAUCAAAAGAAAUACUUCAAACCAAGCUCGUUGAGGCCAUACACCACAGAAGAGGCUUCUGGGAAGAUUAAAAUGACUAUAUAUAUUAGCCUAAUUACUCAGUGAGGUUGUAAUUUUUGGGGAGGAAGUUAGGGACGUUUUGCUGAAACCCCUUCGAUAAUCUUGAGAAGCUGAUUCUCAAGGAUUGAAACGGGGACCUUGAGGGUAAAAACUUAGUAAGCAAACAGGCUUUUCAAGGCAGGUUCAUAACCUGGCUCUCAUUGCACUUUUUAAAAAAUAUUAUAUAAUUUCACAUAACCUCAAAAAGUGUUUGUUUACUUUCUGAAGAAAAAAUCUAAAUAAAUUUUUUUUAAAGGAUUAAAUAAAAUACAUUAAACAUGUAACAUUAACCUCACAUCCAGACUACACACUCUGAAUUCAUAGAUGUCCAGUUUAGCACUUUUAUAAAAUUAUAUUUUGCUAUUGAGUUUAAAAUACCAUAUGUAUCUUUGUAUAUUAAAAAGAAUGCCUGAAACGUAUUUAAAAUAUUUAUUAAGAGUAAAUAUAAAAAAGAAACACAAAUUUAACACUACAAAACUACAAAAAACAAAACCAAUGCUUUUUUUUAAUUGUGAUAUUUUGCAGUAAUUCAGUAUGUCAAAGGUAUUGAAGUCACCAGAGUUUUGUGUAAACAAUUUUCUUGUAAGAACUAUAGUAUUUGUUGUUUAGCUAAACUUCAUGGUGUGUUUAAACCUGCAGUUUUAUUCUUCAGCAUAUCUUCAUGUUUUUUAUUAUUGUCCUAGAUGUGCACCCUCUGACUUCAGCUAGGAGGUUAAUUAAAGGCUACAAUGUAAAAUGUUUUAAUUUAUUUCAAUUUAUUUGUUUUAUAUAGUAGAAGAUUGUUCCUUGCAUAUUAAAUAUUAAUUUCCACAAUAAUCACCCUUUAUUCAUAAACCAUAAAGUUUUCAUUAUUAUAAUCUUGGUACUGUAUCACAUUAUACACUAGCAGCAUAAUGAUUGAACAAUGCAAUAAUGAAUAAGGUCACUAAAUAAAUAAAUAAAUAAAAA